ACUAGUGGCUCGCAGAAAUCAUCACAUAAGUGAAGAUCUUAACUUGGUGGGGUGCACGUAGAUUCUUCGUAUUCUUGGCCAUGGAUGUGAAGCUGAUCUCCACCGGAAUACAAUAUUCGAGCCUGCCGGAGAGCUAUAAGCGGCCGGAAUCAGAAAGGCCUAAGCUGUCGGAGGUGGAGGACUGCGAAAACGUCCCCAUAAUUGACCUGGAUUGUGAAAACAGAAGCCUUGUCGUCCAGCAAAUCGGAGAAGCUUGCCGGGACUACGGAUUUUUCCAGGUGAUAAAUCAUGGAGUGGAAAAGGAAGCGGUGGAGAAGAUGGUGGAAGCGGCGAAAGAGUUCUUCAGUUUGCCGGUGGAGGAGAAGAUGAAGCUGUACUCCGACGAGCCUUCGAAGACGGUGAGGCUGUCGACCAGUUCUAACGUGAAGAAGGAGAAGGUUCACAAUUGGAGAGACUAUCUCAGGCUCCAUUGCUUCCCUUUGGACCAGUAUCUCCCUCAGUGGCCUUCCAAUCCUCCUUCUUUCAGAGAUUCUGCAAUCACAUACUGCAUGGAAGUGAGAAGACUUGGGCUGAGACUGGAAGGAGCAAUAUCGGAGAGCCUGGGCCUACAAAAAGCACACAUUGAAACUGUUCUGGGCGAGCAAGGCCAACACAUGGCUGUGAAUUUCUACCCACCAUGUCCACAGCCCGAGCUCACCUAUGGCUUGCCCGCCCACACAGACCCAAACACCCUCACCAUUCUUCUUCAAGACCUCCAUGUCUCUGGCCUCCAAGUGCUCCACAAUGAGAAGUGGCACACCGUCAAGCCCCUCCCUAAUGCCUUCGUUGUGAACAUUGGCGAUCAAUUGCAGGCACUGAGUAAUGGGAGGUACAGAAGUGUGUGGCACAGGGCCACCGUGAAUGCCGGGAAGUCGAGGAUAUCGGUGGCCUCUUUCCUUUGCCCUGCCGACGACGCCUUGAUUAGCCCCCCGGAAAAGCUCAUCGGAGAUGGAACCGGCGUCGUCUACCGGGAUUUUACAUACCCCGAGUAUUACAACAAGUUCUGGAGCAGGAAUCUGGACCAAGAGCAUUGCUUGGAACUGUUCAAGAACUAAUGGCUAUGGAAAUUAAUUAAGGAUGAAGCAAGGAAGUUGGCUUCUAUAAUUAAUUAUGGGCAUAAAUCGAAGACGUUGGAUGACCCAUUAUUGCUGCUCGAACUCAAGGGCCAAUUAUGGAGUCUAGAGGACGUUUCAAGUGCACUUGGGUCAACUAUUAAAUGGAGUCCAACUAAAAGCCCAAGACCAACCAAAGGCCCAACAAAGUCCAACUUGUAGAAGACUUUUCUUUGUUUUGUAUUUUUAUGAGUGUUUUACCACCUAAAGUCUUUUGUAUUUUAUAUCUUUCCACUAGUUAAAGUCUU